CCCUGGGAAAGACAAGAUGGCGGGACGUUCAAAAACGUCGCUGACAGGUCAAAUCAACAACAGAAUAAAGUAAAUAACAUAUUGAAUUUAACCGUUAGCCCACAAAUCGUCGGCUGGAACGAGUAACCGACGUUUAACCGCCGGUAUGAACGGGGUUCGCCGGAAGUGUGACCCUCCUUUUGGACUGACGGGAUCCACACCGAAACCGAACCGGCUGAGCAGAACCUUCAGACAGACUCAGACUGCGGGGAAAGUGGAUCCUCCUCCGAGGAGCGAGCCGGCAGAAUUUAAGAGUCCGACCAGAAUCCCGAGAUCCAGAGCAGGCGGAGGUUUCAGCGGAGAGUCUCCACACAACGACUCGGACGUCCAGCAGGACAUCAUCUGGGAUGCCACGUCUCCUUCUCCAAACAGACUCGGUAAAAGAGGAAAGAAGCCGCCUGCUGGAGUGGUGAACAUCUCAGAGAUCGUCAGCAGGAUCGCUCCAAAGCAUGGCAGGCCGAGGGUCGCAGAGCCGACGUUACAACAGUGGAUCGGAGACAGCGCAGCCAUUCCCUGCACGCCGGACGUUCAAGCUCCCAAACCGAAGAAGAAGUCCCCAAGGCCGAACGGCGUGGACGACUUGCUGAAGCUCGCCAAACAGUUUGAUUUCAACAUGUUUCGUCGGGACGAAGAGGAAGAGGUGGACGACCCGCACCAGCAGAGUCUGGAGCUGCUGUCGGAGGACAUGUUGGAUUUUGAGAACGGCGAUCAGAACGACUUCUCACCUUCACUUUUUGGAAACCAUCAACGAGCUGAGGACACGGCUGCGGCUGGGAGAGACAUUCAGGCACACCUGGAUCUACAAAUGGAGGACGAUUUGGACCUCCUGUUCGAUGGGCCGACCCAGCAUGUGAGCGGAAACUUAAGUCAGGUGUCACAAGUGAAACAUCCUCCUAGCACGUGUGCGGCUUCUGGGAAAACGUCUGCAUCGUCUCGCACUUCUGGUGUUUCCACGACCAACACUAGAGCUGCUCCUGCAAACGACGAGUUCGAGGACGACUGGGAAAACGACGACUUGCUUAAUGACUCUUUGGUUUUGGAGAUGACACAAAAUCCGCAGAGCUUUUCCGCUCCGACGCACUGCUCAACCCAGAAACCCGCGCGUGAAAUAAAGAGUCCGGGAAGUUUUCGAUGGUCAGACAGUCUGAGACAAAGAUCGACCUUCAAGCUGGAGUCCAAUCCUCAUUUUUCUAUCAAAACAAGCCAGACAGACACCUGGACUAACUCAAGGGUGGAAAACGGCUCAAAAAGGUCAGAGAAAGACCCUCAGAAGAACAAUUGUCACGUUUUAGCAGGAGCGGGUUCUCAACAGAGCGUGCAAAAGUCAAACACGGUGAAAUCAGAUACACAGAAACAACAAUCGAAACAAAGGACAAACGCGGCACCUCCUGCUCGCAGCUUUCCACUCACACCUGCAGCAGUUCCAUCCCACAACGAGGCGGCCGCCAUCUCUGACCUCCUGGAUGACAACCUGAACUCUUUCUUCUCGUCUGAUCCAGUGUGGGACGACCGGCGAUGA